AUGUCUACCCCGAAGAACCUAGCUGCAUGGCUCAUCAAGCCUGGCUCUCCUCUACAAGUGGAUGAUGCUCCACUGCCCACAGCUGGGCCAGGAGAACUCGUUAUCAAGAACGCUGCCAUUGCGAUUAAUCCUCUCGACUGCCAUAUGCAAGACUCUGGGGUUUUUGUUAAGGAAUGGCCGGCCAUCUUCGGCUGCGAUAUCGCCGGUGAGGUGCAUGAAGUGGGAAAGGAUGUUGAGCGCUUCAAGAGAGGAAGCCGUGUAAUUGGACAUGCUGUUAAUUUGAUAAGCGGGCGCUCCAAGGAUGGCGCAUUCGCUCUGUACACGGUGAUUCCUGCAAACAAAGCAGCCAUACUCCCAGAUGAAAUAUCUUUCACAGAUGGUGUGGUGGUUCCGUUUGCAUUGGAGGCGGCUGUCUGCGUGCUUUCCCUCAAGGAGCCCGGCUUCGCUAUGCCUGGUGUGAAUACACCAGCCCUGGGCCUCCCAUAUCCCUCGCUGCAGGAGGUGCCACCCGCUGGCAAGACGCUCGUGAUAUAUGGCGGCUCUUCCUCCGUUGGCUCAAUGACGACUCAGCUUGCCGCAGCAACUGGAAUUCAUGUCAUCGCCAUUGCCGGAGCGCACAAUUUCGAAUUCAGCAAGCGGUGCGGUGCAGCUGAAGUAUUCGAUCGCAGUGAUGCUUCACUUGUCGACAAAGUUAUCGACGCAGUUCAAAGUACUGGUGGCGAGUUCGUUGGCAUCUUUGAUGCUGUAGGAACUCCCGAGACUUACGCCCACGAUAUUACCAUUCUCGAUCGGCUGGGUGGAGGACACCUUGCUAGCGUGCAUCCUCCUCCCCCUGCUACUGAUCUCCCCGCGAAUGUCAAUGCCGGUAUGAUAUUUGCUGUCAAUGAUGUUGCCACGCCUGUCUGGGAGGAGUAUGCUACUCCUGCGCUGCAGUCUGGAAAACUCCAGUGUCUCCCAGCUCCGCUGGUUGUUGGAAAGGGUUUAGAGCAUAUUCAGUCUGCGCUGAAAAAGUCCAAGGCGGGUGUCAGUGCUACGAAGCUGGUGGUUGAGCUGUGA